AUGGCAUUAGAAGACAUUUGUACUUUCAAGGACACUCGUGUGCCUCAUAGCUGGCUAACUGCUGCCUCCUUCUACCUGCCUUCGGAAGACACCAGCUCGGCCUUCAACAUGACUGACCACCACAGUGUUAGAUGGAGGAGGUCAACAUUAUCUGAGAGAGACGGUGGGGUCCCACUACACUUUUUUAUGCCAACUUUGCCAACCUCAGCCCUUCUGUCUCCAUCCGCUGGAUCAACGAGGGUCCAAAGACCUUUCCCUCUGUCUCAUGGCACCACAACCCUGGGGUUCAUCUUCCAAGGGGGUGUAAUUGCAGCUGCAGACAGCCGCGCCAGCGCCGGAGGGCUUGUUGCCUGUCCAGCUGUCUGUAAAAUCACUCCUAUUCACUCCCAUUUAGUCGUCACUUCCUCUGGCAGUGGCGCAGACUGCAUGCUAUGGGAGCGUCUUUUGGCAAGAGAGAUCCGACUCUACCAAUUACGCCAUAAACACCGCCUGUCCAUAAGCGGCGCUGCCAAGCUCCUCUCCUUCAUGUUGCAUCCUUUCAAAGGGACAGAUGUGUGUGUGGCUCUCACGCUGUGUGGUUGGGAUGCAGUACAAGAUCAGAAAGCAGACCAGGUGGUGGAGUCAUCAAACACAACUAACGUUGAACCAAAUCAAGCAGUAAAGUUACUUACAGCUGACAAUUCCUCCUUUGCUGCAGUUGCCUACCAAGGAGUAACUGAUAUUACUUCCCCAUCUUCCCCUUUGGGUGGUCCGAAGCUGAUAUAUGUGUGUAGUGAUGGCACCCGGUUGCAGGGAGACGUCUUUUCCGUUGGCUCAGGGUCUCCUUAUGCUUAUGCAAUUCUGGAUGCAGAGCUGAGGUGGAGCCUGAGUAAAGAGGAGGCCAUCUCUUUGGCCAGAGAGGCUGUGUUCAGAGCCACUCACAGGGAUGCAUACUCGGGAAACAAUGUGGACCUUUUCCAUAUUACUGCCCAAGGAUGGACCCGCAGAAAGAGGGAGAACCUCAAAGAUGAAUAUCACAGAGAAAUGCAGAGGAUAGCAAAGAUAGUGAAAGAAAGACGAGUGAAAGAUUGCCAGUUACCAUUAUCACCUUCUCCAUAG